AGAGCGGGGGGUUUUCGGGAACAAUAAGAGCGGGGGGAGGCCGGGGAGCCCCGGAGCUGCGCUCCCCCCGACUGCGCGUGCCGCCGCCCCGCCCCCGCCCCCGCCCCCAGCCAGGCCCGGCCCGGCCCGGCCCCCCGCGCCUCCUGCAGCUGCUCGGGCGGGCGGGCCCCGGAGCGGAGCCGGAGCCGCGGCUACCGGGGGAGGGGGGGCCUCCUUCGGUUCGAGCGAUCUCCCGUCGGUCCCGCCCUGGGUCUGCGCCCCUCCCGCCUCCGCAGCCCCAGUCGCCGCGGCUCGGACCCUGGCCAUGUACGCCUUUGUGCGCUUCCUGGAGGACAACGUGUGCUACGCGCUGCCCGUGUCCUGCGUGCGCGACUUCAGCCCCCGCUCGCGCCUCGACUUUGACAACCAGAAGGUCUACGCGGUCUACCGGAGCCCUGAGCCCCCGGAGGCGGCGGCGCCCCCCGCUCCCGCGCCCGCCGGGGCCUCCUGGGGCGCGCCGCUGCCGCACAAGGCCCAGAUCCUGGCGCUGGCAGAGGACAAAACGGACCUUGAAAACAGCGUCAUGCAGAAGAAAAUCAAAAUCCCCAAACUCUCCCUGAGCCCCGGUGAGGACGAGGAGGAGGCCCGGGACUACGGCGAUGACGACGGGGAGUUUAGACACAGUAAGAGACAAGAGGGCCGGAAGCAGGGCGAGUCGGGGGCCCACAAGAGCCUCGAGGCCGUGGUGGCCCGCCUGGAGAAGCAGAACGGGCUGAGCCUGGGCGGCAGCGCCUGCCCGGAGGACCUCUUCGCCGACGCCUCCAGGGCCAUGGACGGCCUGGACGAGGCGGUGGUGCCGCGCGCCCUCUACGAGGAGCUGCUCCGGAGCUACCAGCAGCAGCAGGAGGAGAUGCGGCACCUCCAGCAGGAGCUGGAGCGCACGCGGAGGCAGCUGGUGCAGCAGGCCAAGAAGCUCAAGGAGUGCGGCUCGCUGGUGUCCGAGAUGAAGGAGCUGCGCGAUCUGAACCGCAGGCUGCAGGACGUGCUGCUGCUGCGCCUGGGCAGCGGUCCCGCCCUUGAGCUGGAAACAGUCAAGUCAGAGUCCCUUGAACCCGAGCCGGAAUUGCGGAAGACGUUCAGUGAGGAGGCCAAUACGUCGGCUUAUUAUCCUGUUCCCGUUCCCGUUAUGGACAAGUAUAUUCUAGAGAACGGCAAGGUCCACCUUGGCAGCGGGAUCUGGGUUGACGAGGAAAAAUGGCACCAGCUGCAGGUCACUCAAGGCGACUCCAAGUACACCAAGAACCUGGCCGUCAUGAUCUGGGGGACGGACGUGCUCAAGAACCGCAGCGUCACCGGGGUGGCCACCAAGAAGAAGAAGGACGCCGUCCCCAAGCCGCCCCUGUCGCCCCACAAGCUCAGCAUCGUCCGAGAGUGUCUCUACGACCGGAUAGCACAAGAGACUGUGGACGAGACAGAGAUUGCACAGAGACUGUCCAAGGUGAACAAAUACAUCUGCGAGAAGAUCAUGGACAUCAACAAGUCCUGCAAGAACGAGGAGCGGAGAGAGGCCAAGUACAACCUGCAAUAAACGGCCUUUUCCACAGCGCCUGCUCUUUGGGUGGCCCCUGACGCAGGACCGCUGGGCGAGGGUGGGCAAGGGCGGGGCUUGGAGCUGGAUUCGAACCCAUGGGCAGCCCCCUCCGAGCCGGCCCCCGCGCCAGCCCUCGAUUCGUUCACACAAGAGCCUCAAUCUUGGAGGCCAAAACCUGGGGGCAAAACCCAGUGCCAGCAGCACUUCAGAGACCUGCGACCUUGGGCAAGUCACUUCAGCUCUCCGGGCCUCAGUUUCCCCAUCUGUCAAAUGGGGCUAAUAAUCCUUGCACUACCUACCUCACAGGGCUGUUGUGAGGAAGCGCUCUGGAGACUCGGAAGCGCUCUGGAGACUCGGAAGCGCUCUAGAAGUGGGAGCUUUUGGCGCCGUCGUCCGUCCGACACCUCGCCGCAGCGUGUUCCGCUUUCUGAGGGGGAGGGGGUGCGAGUGUGAGUGGGGAGGGCCGGGACAUGUAAAGUGCUUGACCGGAUGGGAGCUGAGCUGGGCGGCUCCUGGCAAGACUCGGUUUCUAUCUCUGUUCCUGUUUGUUGUCCAAUAAAGCUCCUGAUUUCUUGGAA